UCCUAUAAACCGGGUCCUCGCCGAGUCCACUGGCAAGCAGAAGCUCUUCCCACUCUCUGCCCAGUGCUCGCUCAACCGCACCGGAUAUUUCGUUCCCCACCCGGUCCGCUGCCGAGGACAGAUCCAUCCAUCCAUCCAUCCAUCCAUCCAGGAACCGAAAGUCAGGGGGAGCAAGAGGAGGAGUCAUGAGCGCCGUGGCGGUCUCCUCGUCGUCGCUGAACCCGGACGCGCCGCUCUUCAUCCCGGCGGCGCUGCUGCAGGUGGAGGACUUCUCGCCGCAGUGGUGGGACCUCGUCACCACCACCGCCUGGUUCCGCGACCACUGGUCCCGGGAGCACACCCAGCUCGACGAGAUGGCCGAGGAGCUCGACUCGGCAGGCCUCCUGCCCGACGACGACGAGGACCUCUUCUACGACGACCAGCCCGAGCACGCACCCGCCGCCGUCGAGGCCCCGCAGCACCCUGCGCCCAAGACCGAUGCGGUGCUCAAGGCGCUGAACCUGACCUCCCCGAAGGGCGGCGACGCAUCGCGCGGGUUCUGGGAGAAGCCCAGGCAUGCCGAGAAGCCGACCAAGUACGCUGGCAGCCCCAAGGGCAGCAGCGCCCCCCGUGUGAUCCACCAGCCCCGCUAGGCUCGUCAUCCUGACGGGGGAAAUCGAGCAAGGCUGCUGUGCCCUCUUGCAGCGUUUGCUCCUGCUCCUGGCUGCUGCCGUUGUGGUCUGGCCUUUUCGAGUCUAGUACUGGAAUUAGUACAAGUAGAAGUGUCCUUUUGUAUAGCAAGCAAGUAAAAAAAUGACCAAAAAAGAGAACAAAAUGCAGCUGCUGUUUACUGCUGCUCUCUCUAAGUUGCGUUGGUUGAGUUCAGUCUCCAGUGUGUCUAGAGAACCCCCAAAGAAAUGGAAGAGGGUGAAGGUGGAGUCCCAGACUCCCCAGUGUAUGGUGUCCUGUAAAUGUUUCGUUUGAUGUGCAAUGGCAGGCAGUCUAAUGUUACAAAUAGCCCCUCUUGCUGCUC